UUCAUUAAUGUUCGAAGAAAGAUCUGAAGAGUAAAAGACACUAGUAAUUUUAGACGUUGUUCCCUUUGCCCGGCGCUGUGCCUGGGCCCUUUUCGUUCGGAGAGCUAUGUCAGAACAUGACAAACAGUUAGAAAGUUUCUUCGCGAAAAAGGAGAAGGGAAAGAAGUCCAAAGGAAAAAGCAAAUUUACAACCAGUGAGGCUAUUACGAAGCAAGUUGGAAGCACUCAGAAGGAAACAGACGGUCGAUCUAAAGAUCAGCCAAGUAAAAAGACUUCUGGAGUGACACCGACGCCUUCCAACACGAAAGAGGAGGAGUGGAUUGACUUUCAGGAACCAGAAGAGAAAGAUUACUCAGGACUAAGGAUACAGUCAUUACAGAUUGGAGAGAAUACAGAAGGUGAAGGAUCUGAGGGUAAUGAACAAGAAGAUGAAGAGGAUGAAGGAGACCCAUCCGUAAGGAAAGACAAAACUGUAGGACCAUGGCAGCAACUUUCCACAGCAUCCCAAGGCACUGCUGCUUCCCAGGACUCAGAGGAGUCUAAACCAGUGGGGGUCUACAGACCACCAGCCUACAGAGCCCCUGGUAGAAGGGCACCAGUUUCUUCUGGCCGUAAGAUGCCUGAAAUUGACAGCGAAAUUGCUUUCCCCUCAUUAUCAGCAGCCAUGGCAUCAAAUGAUAAAAGUAGCAAGGAGACUAAUGGUGGGAAAAGUUUUGAGACUGUGAAGCACGGAUCACGAACAGUUGAGAAUUUAGCUGACAGAGGACCACAACUUGACCUGGGAAAUAAGUUUGAGGCACUGAGAAGAAGCUAGGGCUGAUUGCUACUACAUUACACAAUUAUUACAAAGCAAAUACAAACUGAAUCUUGCUGAACGCUUGAAAAAGAGAAUAGAAUCCAGUAAUUUUCAUUACCUUAAUUUUGUUUUAAAAAUUUUUGAAAGUCAAUUCAAGGUUAACUGUUGUUUGAUUGCUUUUUCAAGGGAACAUAUUUCCUAACUACCCAGGAAUGGGCUUAAUUUACCCUAGGCUUUCACUGACAAGAUCUAAGUGUGAAUUAUUUUUACUCCCUGAUAUGCAUUGCUGAACAUUAAAGCGCAAAUUUGCAGUAAAAUUAAACAACAUCCCCUGGCAAGUAUCUUUCCCUUGAACCGUUCUGCUCUAAAGUGUAUUGUUGUUAAAAUGAAAAAAUCUUCUGGUUGUGACAGUCUUCAUUAGCUUUUCAUGGAUAUGUGGCAAUUCAGACUGUUGAUUGCGGAAGUAUCAGUAUCUGUUCCCUUUACUGUUUACGUCCCAAAUUAAAGAUGAGAAAAGAUACCUCGCCUUAAUAACUUAACUGAAAUCAUCUACUAAAAUCUGAUUUUGUCGGGUGUGACUUACACAAACUCUUAAAACUAAUUUACUGUUUUAAAGCGAGCAAAACACUCAAAUCUUGGAAGGUUGCUUUUUCGAAAUAUUUAAUGUUAUUUUUGUGCAGAAAAAGAUUUGCGAAAUGUGUUAUUUUGUAAUGUAGACCGUUAUCUCCAGGUAAUACUGACUGUGCUCAACCUACAUUAGUGCAGCUUAGUUUAUUAUAUGAUCGAAGCAAAUCGCCUGUUAAACAAGUCAGCACCGAUUAAGUGCAUACGACUGUGUAAGGUAACUAUAUUUUAGGUAACUAAACGGAAGAACUUCCCAACACUAAAUUAAAUUCAUCUAAGACUACUUGACGCAAUUUGACGAUGUACCUGAAAUGUGAUCGAUAUGAUUUCAAUUACACAAUUAUAUUGAGGUU